AAAAGAGAUAAAAAAAUAACCCGGAGAAUUCAACAAACCAAAACCUAAAUAAUAAUAUAUCGGUAGUUUUUUUAUUGAUGAAGAGAGAUGAAGAGGCAAAGAGUAAUCGAGUUAGAUCGUGUGGUGAAGACAAAGCUCAACAUAGAUUGGGACGAUGCUUUGGCCGAGGAAGAUGUUCCCGAGCUUGAGAUCAUCGGAACUGACAAAAUUCCGCCCCCUGAGCCUACUAUCUCCGGCGAGGAAUCCGCCGUUUGCGUGCGAUCCCUCAGGGAUAACGAACUAGACGAGCAUCUGAAGCGUCAGAGAUCACUUCUGAUUCUUUUAGGUGACAAGUUGCCAGAUAAAGGCGACAAAAUCCGCAACAGAAUUGGAGACAUUGAGUACGAGAAACAGCGAAGGAUGUUGCAACGGACCAAACCGCAGGAUGCGGACAAUGAUGGAUGUCAGAUUCUGGAGAAACCGAGAAGCUCAGGUGUGUCUAGGCAAGAGAAUACAGCCUCAAAAGACUCUUCUAGACAAAGGUCGAGUGACAAUCCCAAAGUGGAUGCUCAACCCGUGAAGCUAUUUAAUGACAAAACACAAGAUUUGGAACGUGGAAGCUGGAAAGGCAAAUUCAAUAGAGAUUCAAUAGUAGAGAAAAGUAAUGGGUGGCGAUCGCUGCCAAGAUUAAGUAAGUGUAAUGUAAGUGAAAGAAACUUUUAUUCUGGAUCUAAGGAUCCAAAAGGGAAUCGAAAACUCAAUGGUAAAGCAAAGCCAAAGGAAUCUUCUCCUUAUUUACUAGUCGACGAUGAUGAUGACGAAGACGAUGUAGUUGGCUAUGAAACUCCCAGGGAGCGGAGUGUGAAAACAACACCAUCACAGAGUUCAAGCUGCAAGAAGAAAUCAGAUGAUCAAGUGAUUAAUUUGGAUGAAGAUGAACCUCAGUCUCCGACGGUACUAGAGGAAGCAUGUGAACUUCCUGAAGGGUUACCGGAAGAUAUUUACUACCCAUCAAGUGAUCAAAGGGACGGGCGAGACCUUGUUCAAGUGUCUCUUGAAGAUCUGAAAUGUCUUUCACCUGGAGAAUAUCUUAAGUCGCCAGUUAUAAAUUUCUACCUCAGGUUCUUGCAGCACCAUGUAUUUUCAACGAAUGAGACAGUUGCUCAUUGUCAUUUCUUCAAUACGUUUUUCUACAAGAAGCUCACAGAAGCUGUUUCAUACAAGGGUAAUGACAAGGAUGCAUUUUUUGUAAGGUUCAGGCGGUGGUGGAAGGGUUUAGAUCUAUUCCGUAAAUCAUAUAUAUUUAUUCCAAUACAUGAAGAUCUCCACUGGAGCUUGGUAAUAAUUUGCAUCCCAGACCAGGAAGACGAAUCGGGAUUGACUAUAAUUCAUUUAGAUUCAUUGGGACUUCACCCAAGAAGUUUGAUUUUCAAUAAUGUCAAAAGGUUUCUGAGAGAGGAAUGGAACUAUCUAAACCAAGAUGAUUCAAUGGAUUUACCAAUUUCAGCAAAAGUAUGGAGAGACCUUCCCAAUAUGAUCAACGAAGCUGAAGUGCAGGUUCCGCAACAGAAGAAUGAUUUCGACUGUGGUUUGUUCGUGCUCUUCUUCAUAAAACGUUUCAUCGAAGAAGCUCCUGAAAGGCUGAAACUAAAGGAUUUGGGAAUGAUUCACAAGAAGUGGUUUAAACCCGAUGAAGCUUCCGCUUUAAGGAUCAAAAUCUGGAACAUUCUCGUUGAUCUAUUCCGUAAGGGUAACCAAACAGAUUAAACGCUGUAUAGAAGAGAUUCUCCUUGAGAUCCGUGUUGUGUUUGGCCACUCUUAAGUCUUAACUAAGAAAUGAAAGAAAAGUUUUUUGUUCACGGGUCCUUUUCUUGCAAGUCCUGUAAUAACUAAGCAUGAUGUAAUCACAACAAAUCAACUACGAGCCAAUAGGCAAAUAGUAAUGAAUCCGAAUGAAAGCUAACAUUGCUGCAACGGUUCAAAUAA